UCUUUUGUGAAAACGGGCUCUUUACUGCGGGUCUCUGUGGAGAAAACGUUUGGGAGCCUGUCGUGACAGUAUACGUUCUUUUCAGACAACAUCGCCAUUCAAGAUGACGAAGAUAAAGGCACAUGAGCUUCGAGGCAAAAAGAAGGAAGAUUUGGAAGAACAGCUUAAGCAGCUUAAACAAGAAUUGUCUCAGCUGAGAGUUGCCAAGGUCACCGGUGGACAGGCUUCAAAGCUCUGCAAAAUCCGAGUGGUUCGCAAAGGCAUUGCUCGUGUCCUGACAGUCAUCCAUGAAACCCAGAAGGAAAAUCUCCGCAAGUUUUACAAAAAUGCGAAGUACAAGCCCCUUGAUCUGCGCCGUAAGCUCACCAGAGCCAAGCGACGUGCUCUUACUAAGGGUGAACUCAAGAGAAAAACCAGGAAGCAACAACGGAAAGAGCGCCUUUAUCCCAUGAGAAAGUUUGCUGUGCGAGAAUAGCUGCAGAAAUCCUUCAAAGAGGGCAGUGUUGCCAACAGUGGUAGCUAUUGGCGAGUUCUUCUGUUAAAAAGUCAGAACUGGAAUGGUCAGAAUCCAUGCACACAUUUUGUCAGAGCUGAAUUUUAAUGUCAUUUGUACCGACUCCAUAACAGAUGGGUUCCAUCAAUCCACAUUCAAUCUACCCAAAACAAUGAUGUAUAAUGCAGAAAGUGAAAAAACAGAAAAGCAACAAGGAAAAUAAAAUAAUUCUCACACAUUAA